AUGGUUUCUUCAACACGUUCAUUGAGCGCUGGAUCGCUGAUGCUCGCUUUGUUAUCUUCCCCCGUGGCCGCCACAACUUACUCCCUGGUGGAGACUUGGCAGGGGGAGAAUUUCCUGGAUUAUUUCAAUUUCCACGUUGGUUCUGACCCGACCAAUGGCUUUGUCAACUAUCUCGACAAGGAGACUGCCGAAAGUACAGGCCUCGUCAAGCUCACCGAUACAGGCAGUGUGUAUCUAGGUGUCGAUUAUGCUACCAAGCUGGACCCCAACGGCAAGAAGGGCCGUGAUUCGGUGCGUAUUGGCAGCAAGAAAUACUACGACCAGUCUCUAGUCAUCGCCGAUAUCGCACACAUGCCUGGUGGUGUCUGCGGUACCUGGCCUGCCUUCUGGUCUGUCGGAAAGAAUUGGCCCGAGGACGGUGAGAUUGAUAUCAUCGAAGGCGUCAACUUGGCGGAUCACAACGAAAUUGUCAUGCACACAGCCGGAACUUGCAGUUUGACAGAUACGGAUAUGACCGGUUCGGUCAACGCUACAGGGUGUGGUGAGGAUCUAGGAACUGUCGGUUGCAAGAUCGAGGGUCAUGAGGGCAGCUAUGGCACAUCUUUCAACAAACAAAAAGGUGGUGUGUAUUCGCUGCAGUGGACCGACGAAUUCCUCAAGAUUUGGUACUUCCCCCGAAGCUCAAUCCCGGCCUCGAUUACUAGCGGCAAGCCCGAUGUAACCGAAUUUGGUACUCCGAUGGCCUUGGUGAAGGAAUCGUGCGACGUUGCCAACGCCUUCAAGUCCCAGUCGUUUAUAUUUGAUGUCACCUUCUGCGGAGACUGGGCAGGUGGUGUGUAUGGUGGUUCUGGUUGCCCCAUGACGGACGGCGAUUCCUUCCAGAGUUGCCACAACUACGUCGCAAACCAGCCGGCCCAAUUCAAGGAGACGUACUGGGAAAUCAACUCGGUCAAGAUAUAUCAGACUGGUGUGAAUAGAAUUGCCUCAGUUUCAUCAUCCGAGCCCGAGCCAGCUACGACUGCCGCUGCUCCUGUGGUUUCGCAGACAACUGUUGAGACCCAUACUACGCAUAGUGCUACUGCUGUGCACUCAGUUGCCUCCAAGGAAGAUCAAACCGCUGGAGCUGUUCAGGAAUUGACUACUGCGUCAGUUCCUACUGUAGCAGCUACUGCCGAAAGCCAUGCCACCGAAGCAGUCGAGCACCCUUCCACCAGCAAGAAGACUCGGACUUUCACCUCUAUAGUCACUGCAACUGAGACCAUUUGCCCCGAGGCCGAAAAGUCUUCCGCCAUUGCCGCCCACUCCUCUGUGGCAACAACUGUCCCCGCUCCAGCUGUUCAAUCUGUUCACAUCCCAGCCAACGGCCAAGAAACGGAGGCACGGACCUCUGCGGAUGCUGUGGUCCCUCCCUCCAGCGUCGCAUCCGUCCCAGCUGGUCAGGGCCACACCGAUUCGAAGCCUGCACAUGUUCCUGUCGCUACUACGCCGCCCGUUGCAGCUGAACACACUUCUCACCGUGCAGAGUCCUUUGGUGGUUCAUGGGUGCAGCCUUCUGCGGUCCCCUCUGCCGUUGUUUCCGAUGUUCCGUAUGAGGCCUCCAAAGCCCUGAUCCCUGCCCCUACCGGUGUCUCUCCUAAGCAGGCUACAUCCGCUACAUCUGGGUUCUAUGUUCCUACCGGCUCUCAAUCUGGAUCCAGCCCUGUCUUUACCGGUGCUGCUGAUAGAUUGUCCAUGAGCAUCUCGGCUCUCUUGGUUGGACUCAUUGUUGCCUUUUUGGCUUAA